CACCUCCUCGUUUUGCGGGCUUGCUGUGUCCUGUGGUCGCCCUGCCCCACUGCCAGGAAGUUCAGGAACUCGGUCACCGCCCCAGCCCCCCUCCGCUGCAUCCAUUGUUGGGAAAUAGUCUGCGACAUCGAAACAAUCUUAACCGAAACUUUUCAGGUAACUAACUGCUGAAGAUCUUUUAGCUGCUCUUGUAUUUACACUUCGAUAUAUUUUUCGAGAGGAAGUACCUUGUUAGUUCGCCAGUUAGGAGGACUACUACACUGAGAGGGGAGGAAAAGGGAGGAAAACUUUUGUGGCAAGGAACUCCGUAAUUCUCAUUCCUCCAUUUUGAACUUUUAAACUCCAGUUGUUCUAGUGGAUUGUUUCGAAUUCCAGACACCAUGACAAGCAUCAACACAGCUAACAUCAACUUUAAAUGGGACCCAAAGAGUCUAGAGAUCCGUACUCUGGCAGUGGAGAGGCUGCUGGAGCCCCUCGUCACCCAGGUCACCACUUUGGUAAACUCCAGCAACAAAGGCCCAUCUAACAAGAAGAAAGGACGUUCUAAGAAGGCUCAUGUUUUGGCGGCAUCGGUGGAGACUGCUACCCAAAACUUCCUGGAGAAAGGAGAAAAGAUUGCAAAGGAAAGUCAGUUCCUUAAGGAUGAACUGACUGCUGCUGUGGAGGAUGUCCGCAAGCAAGGCGACUCAAUGCGGCAGGCUUCUGGAGAAUUUGCAGAAGACCCCUGCUCAUCUGUGAAGAGGGGCAAUAUGGUUCGUGCUGCCAGAGCCCUCCUGUCGGCAGUCACACAUCUGUUGGUGCUGGCAGACAUGUCCGAUGUCUACAAACUUCUACUGCAGCUUAAACUGGUGGAGGACAAUCUGGUGAAAGUGCGUAAUGCAGGAACAGAGCAGGACCUUGGGAUCCAAUAUAAGGCCUUGAAACCAGAAGUGGACAAGCUGAAUCUCAUGGCUGCCAAGAGACAGCAGGAGCUAAAGGACGUCCAUCACAAGGACCAAAUGGCUGCUGCUCGCGGGGUGCUACAGAGGAACAUCCCCAUGCUGUACACAGCAUCCCGUGCCUGCCUGCAGCACCCUGACGUGGCAGCCUACAAGGCUAACCGUGACCUGAUCUAUAAGCAGCUGCAACAUGCAGUCUCCGGCAUCUCCAACGCCGCCCAGGCCACUGCCACUGAAGACUCAGCACUCAGUCAGCCAGCAGGGGGUGGAGAGCUCGCCUACGCCCUCAACAAUUUUGAUAAACAAAUCAUUGUGGACCCCCUGGCGUUCAGCGAGGAGCGCUUCCGUCCCUCCCUGGAGGAGCGCCUUGAGAGCAUUAUCAGUGGUGCUGCCCUCAUGGCCGACUCUUCUUGCACACGUGAUGACCGCAGGGAGCGCAUUGUGGCUGAAUGCAAUUCUGUGCGCCAGGCUCUUCAGGACCUUCUGUCUGAGUAUAUGGGCAAUGCGGGAAGGAAGGAUAGGAGUGAUGCUCUGAACACAGCCAUCGACAGGAUGACAAAGAAGACCAGAGACCUUCGCAGACAGCUACGAAAAGCUGUAAUGGACCAUGUCUCUGACUCUUUCCUGGAGACCAAUGUUCCCCUCCUGGUCCUGAUUGAAGCUGCCAAGAACGGCAACGAGAAAGAAGUCAAGGAAUAUGCACAGGUGUUCCGUGAGCAUGCCAACAAGCUGAUUGAGGUGGCCAACCUGGCAUGCUCCAUCUCCAACAAUGAAGAGGGAGUGAAGCUGGUCCGCAUGGCAGCAUCUCAACUGGAAAGUCUUUGCCCCCAGGUGAUUAAUGCAGCGUUAGCCCUUGCUGCCAAGCCCAACAGUAAAGUGGCCCAGGACAAUAUGGAUUUGUUCAAGGAGCAGUGGGAGAAGCAGGUCCGCGUCCUCACUGAUGCUGUUGAUGACAUAACAUCCAUUGAUGACUUCCUUUGUGUGUCUGAGAACCACAUCCUGGAGGAUGUGAAUAAGUGUGUCAUCGCUCUGCAGGAGAAAGAUGUUGACGGUUUAGAUCGCACUGCUGGGGCUAUUCGAGGCCGUGCUGCCAGAGUCGUCCAUGUGGUCACUUCUGAAAUGGACAAUUACGAACCUGGAGUCUACACAGAGAAGGUCUUAGAGGCCACCAAGCUCCUCACCGACACAGUCAUGCCACGGUUCACAGAACAAGUGGAGUCUGCAGUGGAGGCCUUGAGUGCAAACCCCUCACAACCUGUGGAUGAAAAUGAAUUCAUUGACGCAUCCCGUCUGGUAUAUGAUGGCAUUCGCGACAUUCGCAAGGCUGUCCUCAUGAUCAGAACUCCAGAGGAGUUGGACGAUUCUGACUUUGAGACUGAAGACUUUGAUGUUCGCAGCAGGACAAGCGUGCAGACAGAGGAUGACCAGCUUAUUGCUGGCCAGAGUGCACGGGCUAUCAUGGCCCAGUUGCCUCAGGAGCAGAAGGCAAAGAUUGCAGAACAGGUGGCUAGCUUCCAGGAAGAGAAGAGCAAGCUGGAUGCUGAGGUAUCCAAGUGGGAUGACAGCGGCAAUGACAUCAUUGUGUUGGCUAAGCAGAUGUGCAUGAUCAUGAUGGAGAUGACAGACUUCACUAGGGGGAAAGGGCCACUGAAGAAUACGUCUGAUGUCAUCAGCGCUGCCAAGAAAAUUGCCGAGGCAGGAUCAAGAAUGGACAAGCUGGGCCGCACCAUCGCUGACAAUUGCCCCGACUCCACCUGUAAGCAGGACCUGCUCGCCUACCUACAGCGUAUUGCCUUGUAUUGCCACCAGCUCAACAUCUGCAGCAAAGUCAAGGCUGAGGUGCAGAACCUGGGAGGAGAGCUCGUUGUGUCUGGGUUGGACAGCGCCAUGUCCCUCAUUCAGGCCGCCAAGAACCUGAUGAACACAGUGGUUUCCACCGUCAAGGCCUCGUACGUUGCAUCCACUAAGUACCAGAAGAGCAAAGGCAUGGAGGCCCUCAAUAUGCCGGCUAUCUCCUGGAGGAUGAAAGCUCCUGAAAAGAAGCCCCUGGUGAAGAGAGAGAAGCAGGAUGACGGCCAAACCAACAAAGUCAAGAGGUCGUCUCAAAAGAAGCAUAUCAACCCUGUGCAGGCUCUGAGCGAGUUUAAAGCCAUGGAUAGCAUCUAGUCCCCCUUUUUUGAUUCAAGAGAACACAAAAUAUUGACCAAUGAGUUUAUAUAUAGAUAGAGCUUGUCAUUCUAUCAGAAAGAAAAGGUUUUAUCAUAUUUGUUCCACCUUUGCAUUGAUGGCUUGUCUGUUUGACCCAUUAUAUUCCUACACUGCCUAAUUUCUGUUCCAUGAAUUCAGAUUUGCUCUGGUCUGUAGCAUUAACUGUCUCUUCUCUGGAAAAUGCAGUUAGAGGGAAAUCAACUGGAUGAAGGUAUUUUUUGUAUAGUUCCCAUCAUUUCUUCAUGUUUAUGGAAGAAAGGGGAGUGGAUUUCAUAGAUAUUAUAAGAACUCAUUCCAAGAGGCUUUUGAUUAUUUUGUAUUCUAACCAGUUGUAUAGUAAUACCGUGGGGCCUCUGGUGUUUUCCACUAUAAUGUUUGAUUAUGGCAAAAUACCUUCUGUACUGCAAAUACCAACUAUGCAAAAUCUGCCUUGUUUUAACUUGAGCAAUAACUGUAGUUCAUUUGGAUGUGCUGGGCUAACUGGUAAGAUUUUAAAUAUGUUUUGGUUCAGCCUUAAGGAACCAAAGUCAAUAUAUUUCCAUGUGUGCAUGCAUUUUUAUAACUUUAUACAUACUUUGGUAUGCCACUAUAAACAGUUCAAAUAGGUUUAUACUGAUCACUAACACUAUUUUCAGUGCUUAAUGACUAAUGAUUUGUACCCCCUUUUACAUUUGGACUGGUCAAUUUCUUUAUAAUUUAAGCAUCUCAAGUUUUAUUUUCUUGAUGUUUUUUUCAUGUUCACAUGCUGCAGCAAACCAACGGCAACAGAGUAUUCUUCCCAGCCUUCUGUUCUGCUGCAUUACUGGCACAUGUGCUUGAUCCUACACUUAAGGCACACAGAUCCACCCAGUUCAGCCAAACUUUGUAAAUAAGCCUCGACUCCUCAGAGUCUGGGAGAACCCAGUGGGGCUAAACAAUGAGUAGACCCUGUGUCGGUACUCUCCAAAGCUGACAAGCUUCAUUAACUGUCAAUGAGACCAAACACCUCCACAAUCUGAGAAUGUGUCCAAAUUGGGGGAUCAAUAUGUUUUCUUUCCACAGCUUAGAGGUAGGCGAGGAAAGGAGGGGAUUUCACUGACUUUAAACUCUUGCUUAUUGUUUGUAUUCCUUGUCCUUAAGCUUGAACACUAAUCAAGAUUUUAUGUCAUGCAAAGUUAUUAAAAACAAUAGAAACAAGUUGGCAGGUGGCAGGCUUUAAAAUUAAACAAUUUGUUGUUGUUUUGUUUGUUGUUUGUUUUUUUUUUUUUUUUUUUUUUUUUUUUUAACUUCAGGUAACAACUGUGGGAUGUAGUUGCUCAGUGCAGCUUGUUUUCCAGUCAUACAUAGUACUCUGCUGCAUUGUGGUGCAUUGGUGUACAGCAAGGCUCUGAAAUCCUGCUGCUUUUGUCUUGGGGCUGAAUCUUUGUUUUGCGAACCAUAGCGGGAUGGUUAUUUGACAGGUGGAUUUUUUUUACUGUAGAACCAAGCAUUUCGAGUGUUUUCACUACAUUUUUCCUCACAGUUUGUCUUUUGCUGUAUUUGAGUUUGGAUUUGAAUCUUGAGUGAUAUCAAACUACUUUGCUGUGGAUUUUUUGUUAUUGAGAGCCAACUUAUUAGUGCACACGUUUCUUAUAUUCAUGUGCCUGCUUUAUAUCUUAAUAAACAAUUGAAAUUAAA